AUGGCGAUCAACGUCUGCGAGGUCAUUCGCCCUCCGCCGAUACGCGACGCCCAGGCUGUCCUGCCGUGUCUCUCCCGCCCAGACGAGUACCCCGUGCCAAACAUCGCACCCGUCAUCCCGCCGAGCGUCCGCACCCGCCGCCACUCGCACCGGCACUCCUGGCUCACCGCGCCGCCGGGGUACGUCCGGCCCGACCUCGAGCCGCCGCCGCGCCCCCCACGCCCGCAGUCGGUCGUGUGCGAGUCGGUGUCGCGCGUGUCGCGCUCGAUAUCGAUCAAGCGCCUCAGCGCCGAGCAAAAGUCCACCCCGUCAACGACCGACACGCGCGCCUUCCCCGUCCCGCCAGCGACCAACCCGCCGUGGUCGACCUCCCCGGAUAUCAGACUGAGCUUUGCCCACGACGCGCCCGAGGCAACCACGCUCGUCAGCCGCAAGCGCCAGUCGCUGCCCGCGAGACGCACCCUCGCAGUGUACUCGAGCUUGUCCCGCCGGGCCCCACCACCGCCAGAUACGCCGCCGCCGAUCGACCUCGACGUCGAUCAUGCCUUCGGGUCGCGGCCACCCUCGCCCCCGCCGCCUGCGCGUGUCGUGUUUGUGGUUGACGACUCGGCCGCCAUGGCCGACUCGUGGUGGCGCGUCAAGACGCGCAUCGCGCUCGAGGCGUACCUCGUGGCCGGGGCCACGGGCGUCGGCGUAAACGUCCACUUUGCGCACUCGUCCAAGUGGCGCUUUGACCUCCGCGAUGAUGCGGGCGUCACGUCCGCGCUAGAGUUUACGCCCCGCGGCGACGUGCCGUCGUGGGACGGGAUCCACGGCUCGAUCCGCUCCCUCAUUGCCCAGUAUACGCGCGCCGGAGUCGCCACGUUAUCCGUCGUCUACGUGACUAACACUGCAUCGAUACAGCGCGCAUCUGGCGUCGCGUACGACCUCCACAAGCUCCUCAAGAGAAACUCGGCCUUACUCGGCAAGGACGUCAAGAUUGGCGCUCUCAAUGCCGACUCGGGCGAAAUGUCCCUCUACACCGUCAAGGGGCUGGCAUAG